UUUCCAGUGUCGUGCGUUGAUUUCAUACCAAACUCAUACUUCGCAUUCCACCUUAACUGUCAAACCGGGAGUAAUAUUUAUUGAAGAUAAAAAGGCGCCUCAAAAUAGUGAUUGCAUUCGGUAAAAAUUUGACUUGUUCCCGAAGUAGGAGUGUAAAUUAUCAACUAAAGCAUCCCCCAGUCAGCAGGCGGGCGGGCGGGCGCGGCACCAUUGCGUCCCAGGACUGGAGCGCCCCCAGCAGCCCGGAGGGGGCGCUGGAGAACGGGGGCGGCAGCGAUGAGCUGGACCGGGCCAUGGACGGCGACGCGGAGGGCGUGUGGAGCCCCGACAUCGAGCAGAGCUUCCAGGAGGCGCUGGCCAUCUACCCCCCCUGCGGCCGCCGCAAGAUCAUCCUGUCCGACGAGGGCAAGAUGUACGGUCGCAACGAGCUGAUCGCCAGAUACAUCAAGCUGCGUACGGGGAAGACCCGCACGAGGAAGCAGGUGUCUAGUCACAUACAGGUGUUAGCACGGAAGAAGGUUCGAGAGUACCACACAGGCAUAAAGGUUUCUAGCCACUUGCAGGUUCUCGCUCGGAGAAAGACUCGCGAGGUGCAGUCCAAGCUGAAGGCCUUGAAUUUGGAUCAGGUGUCCAAAGACAAGGCGCUGCACAACAUGGCGCAGCUGUCCUCCGCCCAGAUCGUGUCUCCCAGCGUGCUGAAGGGCCCCCCGCCCUCGCUGUCCCAGCCAGCCUAUCCCAGCCAUGCUAGGUUUUGGCCCACCCACCUCUCCGGACAGCCUGGCUCUUCUCAGGAACAACUUGCAGCCAGGCCAGAAAGCUUCUCACCAAAAACCUUCUUUUCCAGCAUCAAACCGUUUGUACAAAGCCAGUACCCUAACCUACAAGGUGCUGUGACCACCUCUAUAUCAUCAGCAUACGAGCACCUGCCCCCGCCACUCGCCCCCGCCGCCAUGGCGGUGCCGGUGUGGCAGGACAGGACCAUCGCCUCGGCCAAACUCCGCAUGCUGGAGUACAGCGCCUUCCUGGAGGUCCCCAAGGAUGCUGACACGUACAGUAAGCACUUGUUUGUGCACAUUGGUCAGACCAGCCCGUCCUACAGUGACCCCCUCCUGGAGGCGGUGGACAUCCGGCAGAUCUACGACAAGUUCCCCGACAAGAAGGGCGGUCUGAAGGACCUGUACGAGAAGGGCCCGCACAACGCCUUCUUCCUGGUCAAGUUCUGGGCUGAUCUGAACAGCAGCGGUUUGCAGGACGCUCCUGGCUGUUUGUACGGGGUGAACAGUCUGUACAGCAGCUCGGAGAGCAUGGCCAUCACCGUCUCCACCAAGGUCUGCUCCUUCGGCAAGCAGGUGGUGGAAAAGGUCGAGACGGAGUACGCGCGCUCUGAGGGAGGGAGGUGCGUGUACCGCAUCCACCGCUCCCCCAUGUGCGAGUACAUGAUCAACUUCAUCCACAAGCUCAAACACCUGCCAGAGAAGUACAUGAUGAACAGCGUGCUGGAGAACUUCACCAUCCUGCAGGUUGUGACCAAUAAGGACACCCAGGAGACCCUGAUGUGCAUUGCAUUUGUCUUUGAGGUGUCAACAAGCGAUCAUGGAACACAAUAUCACGUUUACCGGCUGGUCAAUGACUGAGGGUCCUACUGGCAAGACUGACUGGAGCACGAGCUGUCCUCCGACUGCCUGACUACAAAUAGAAAUACGCACACACUCGCACACAAACACACACUCGCACACAACCACACACUCGCGCACAAACACACACUCCCACACAAACACACACUCGGUCACAUGUACGCACUGCAUACACACACACACACGCACAGAUUUACACACGCGCACACACACGUAGACAAAUGCACGCACACACACAUACACUCACACGCAUUCACACACACACACACAAAUGCGCUCACGCGCACACACGUAGACAAAUGAGCACACACACACACCCAAACACACUUACACACUCACACACACAUCCACACAUACACAAAUGUACACACACUCACACAAAUCCCAAAAUGUUGAACAAAGCAGAAAUGAGCAAAUGUGUGAUAUGAAAGUAAAGUUUCUUUACUUUAAUUUUUAUAAAAUAGGAAAUAUAUGAAGUUUGAAAAGAUUUAAAACAAUGGUGCACUUCUUUGUUUCAUGGCAGUUUUUUAAACAUAUAUGUAUAUGUGUAGAACAAAGCAGGUUGCAAUCAUUGUAUUUCUUGUGGAAAUAUAUUAUAUUUUAUAUGUUAGGGGCAUUCUUAUGGUACAAGGCUUAUUCACCGUUUGGUACAUAUUGUAUCAGCGCACUACAGAGUGUGCUGUCAAACUGAAAACGUCAAUUUGCGUGAACUUUACAAAAGCACAGGUCAUUUAGAUCAGUGCUAUUGAAAUAUAUGAUAUGAAUGUAAAUAUCUUAAGAAUGAGAAACACAUUUACCUGAGUGAGUUUUUCCGGAUGUAGCCUUUAUGAGUGUAGGGGGGUAAUCUCAAUGACGGGUGUGGGAGGCUGUCUCUCUGCCCAUUUCACUCUGUUGACUGGUGGGCUGGAGUUAACUAGCUAGCAUAGCGUGCUCCCAACAUGUUUUUACACUGUGCUGGGGUUUGAGUGUAUUCCCAACAUGUUUUUAGACUGUGCUGGGCUUCUAGUGUGUUCCCAACAUGUUUUUAGACUGUGCUGGGCUUCUAGUGUGUUCCCAACAUGUUUUUAGACUGUGCUGGGCUUCUAGUGUGUUCCCAACACGCUUUUUACACUGUGCUGUACAGCCGUUGAUUUUUAACAGCUAUGAUGUUACAGACAUGCAGUAAAAAUAGUCUGUAUGUUUAUUUAUUUUUUUUGCACAGCUGCGCCACCUACUGGUCAGUGGUUAGAGCACGGUCUUAACAUGUACAUUUAGUAAGGAAACAGAACCUGUGUGCCUUCAUAUGAAUCGACACCAAAUGAACGGAGGAGGUGACUGUUAAUCCGCCAUUUUGUUAUUGCAGACUGGUGCGUUGUGUUCAUUUUGCCAAAAACACUGCUCAAAAUGGCUGCACAUGCUCCCUUACCCCUGCUAGCCAAACGUCAGUGCACCAGCCCUUUGCCUUCUCCUCAGUUUACACUAGCAGAAGCAAUUCACUCGGCAUCAAUAUUGUUUGUCUGACACCAGUUACAUCCCAAUAUAUACAGUAUACAUACAUGCAAGUGUACAUAUAUAAUGUUUUGAAUAUAUUUUUCAGGGAUAAUUGGUUCCCUAUUUUGGGGAUAGUGAUAUUGAAAGAAUGUGUGAACUUAAUCUUUCUGUUGCUCAAGCUAGAGAAGUGGAGCGUGUUUAGUAUCAUAGCUGCAGUCCUAGGCGACGGAUAGCCUGUCAAGGCCCCAGCGAUGCACGUACACCGUUAGCAUUAGCACAUCUAGCAUGUCUAAGGCUCAGAUUCAAUCAACAUUCUUCACUCUAGCUUACAGCUAAAAGCACACAUCUUUUGGUCUUCACAAACGGCUUGCCUCGAGUUCAGCAAUCGCUAAAAUCAUUAAAUCUAGCCCCCAAAUCCAGCCCUGGUGUCCUUUUCUCCCAGGUAAUCCGCUGGACAAUUAGUCAUGUCCUCUUCAUGCCUGACUCUCGGGCAUUAGCUAUGGUGGGGAUACAAGUCAGUUGGGUUGAAUCCAGGCCUUAGCCAUGGUGGGGAUACAAGUCAGUUGGGUUGAAUCCAGGCCUUAGCUAUGGUGGGGUAUACAAGUCAGUUGGGUUGAAUCCAGGCCUUAGCUAUGGUGGGGAUACAAGUCAGUUGGGUUGUUUCUUUUUUGUGCCUUAAUGUAGAUGACCGCCCCAUGCUUUGAACAAGUAGAAUUAAAACCGGGAGCCGUGGGCUGAACCCACAAUAAGGAUUUAUUUAUUUGGCAUGAGGCCUUAAGGCACAGGAAACCAUGUUUACCCAUCCUUUCCCUUCCUUCUCGCUCUUUGAAUUUGUGUGCUUGUUGCUUUGAUGUAUUAUCCUUGGCCAGGUGAUCGGGGCUGAACACCUCUACCUCGUGGUGAUGUGUGAUUGUAUAUUUGUUGUUUGAAAGCCUUGAACAAGCUGUUUUUGCGAGCUUGACACUCCUUGACACUUGACACUUGACACUUAUCACAUGACACUACAUUCUGAUGUACUUCUGGUCUUGUAACAGGAGAUCCUUUUACCGACUCCUAUAUUAUUUUACUUCUUUUUUUUUUUUUAAGGGACACUUUUAAUAUUUUUAAUAUUGUUUCUUACUUAGACUCUUUUGGAGCUGUGUAUCUCCAUUGAAAAAACUUGUUUGUUUAUGUUGACAAUCAUGAGAUGUGUUUGAUGUAUGUUAAUGUGUUGAAAUAGAGGGGAGGUUGGGGGGGGGUGAGUUUUUGUUUUACAAGUACAAUGUAGGGCAUUGCACUCUUGUAAAGUCUGUAGUGCGAAAACCGAUUGGCUGCAUUAUAUAACCUGUGUACUGCGUGUAACCUUCCCAUUAAAAUACAAUGGGGCCCCCGGAAGCCAUUUUACUUUUUGGAAAACAUGCUAA